GCCUUAGUUGGGAUCAGUCCAGUUGUCAAAAACGAGAUUUCUUCAUGGUCCUUCUCUUCUUCAUACUCCCUUCCGUUCUGUACCUCUUCCAGGCAAGCCCUAGCCAGUAAUCACCCUCCCGGUCUCUUUCUCUUACUCUCUGUUCACUGACAGGCGUUCCUCGCUGCCAGCGGUCAUUGUCUGGGGGUAUCUCUUCAUUCCUCUACUUACCUUCAUCUUGACAGCGGCGUGAAUCUGCUCCAGCGACCACUAAUUCCCAUCCGCUUCUGUUUUUUCACCGUCCGAUUUCCGCCUUUUUUAUGACCAUCACUCACUGCUUAGAGAGCAGCUAAGCAGAGCUAGUUCGUGGAUUAACUGAAUCUGUGCAGAGAAAACCAGUUUGAGGAUUUGAACUUUUAGGGGGUUUUAGCUUUUAAGCGCGCGCCACUUAUAAGGAUGGGUAGAGCAAAGAAAGCCCAAAAGUUUGCAGUCAUGAAGAAGAUAGUCACCUCUAAAGCCAUUAAAAACUACAAAGAAGAGGUCUUGAAUCCCAACAGGAAGGAUCUGACCAAAGAAAAACUUCCACGAAAUGUGCCAAAUGUUUCUUCUGCACUUUUCUUCACACACAAUGCGGCCUUGGGGCCGCCUUAUCGGGUUUUGGUGGAUACCAACUUCAUCAAUUUCUCCAUCCAGAAUAAACUGGACCUAGAGAAGGGAAUGAUGGAUUGCUUAUACGCAAAAUGCACUCCUUGUAUCACAGAUUGUGUAAUGGCUGAGCUGGAGAAAUUAGGUCAGAAAUACCGUGUUGCCCUUAGGAUUGCAAAGGAUCCACGUUUUGAAAGGCUUCCCUGUAUUCAUAAAGGGACCUAUGCCGAUGAUUGUAUUGUUGAUAGAGUUACUCAGCAUAAAUGCUUCAUAGUUGCUACAUGUGAUCGAGAUCUCAAGCGAAGGAUUCGCAAGAUCCCCGGCGUGCCAAUUAUGUACAUUACUCAACACAAGUAUUCUAUUGAAAGGCUGCCAGAAGCAACAAUUGGGGGAGCUCCAAGAUUUUGAGGAGGAUCAUAAGUUCUUUUGGAUAACAAAAAUCUAGGUUCAAGUUGAUUAGGUAAAAGGCCAAACAGCCUUCGUGGGAGCCAUAUUUUGCUUGUAGUAGAUCCAUGGCAGAAGAUUAUGGAACAAUAUGGGGGCAGUUUCUCCAAUAGGCUUAUAAUAGAAAAUGUGUUUCACAUGAGUAGUGGUUGAUAGAUUGUUUUGAUAAAGAAUUCAUCAUUUUGUUUUCAAUGUUUGGAAUUGAUGAAAGUAUAAUUUGGAUAGAGAUUGAUUCGAUCUUGUAAAGUGACCCUUCACCCUAUUUUUUCUACUUGGCUGGAAGACACAUUUUCUAGAUAGAUAGACACCUUAUGUUAGGUCC